CAUAGUCUUGAAUGAUCUUCAUUUUAAUUUUUGCGAUAUUAAAAUAAAGAGUUUCUUUCUCUUCCCGACGAAAAAUCAUAAUAAUUCAUUGAAAAAAAUGGAAAAUCCACAACAGAAUGUCACUGAAAAUGUAAACCAAUCGAACAAUGAAGCAAUCGCCCAUGAUAAGUUUUGCUGGUUUUGUCACACAAAGAACUCCAGAGGAUAUAGCUGUUUGAAAUGCUUUCGUUCAUUUCAUGUCAAAUGCCUGAAAAAGAAUUUUGAAAUCAUUGGCCCAAACGAUCAGGGUAACUCGUUGAUUUGUCCAGUUUGCAAGUCAUUGGAAAGAAUGGAAACAAGUGUCGACAAGCAAUCUAUUUCGGAGCUAUUGAAGCUAUUGAUGGCGAAAAUUUCGGAUAAUUCGGUCUUUACGGCAUUGAACAACUUGGACAGCAUCUGCGUGGUUCAUCCAAUCGAUCUAAAUGAAAUAAAUCGUAAGAUCGACAGUCAAUCCUUUGGUAGCUUCAGUGCAUUCCUCAUGGAUAUCAACAUUGUUUAUCACAAUUGCUGUUGCGUUCGUAAUGAUAAACAUGAAUUCAUUUUUAUUGCGGCCAACAAUUUGGUCAAACUCUGCACCACUGAAAUUGAAAACAUGUCCAGCUGUGCCGAAUGCUAUAAAAAUAUGCACACCAAACCAGAUCAUUGGCGUUCGUUGGCAUGCCGUCGUCCGCAUCUUGUACUUUGGAUCGAAUUGAAGCGUGGCUGCUACUUUUGGCCAGCCGAAAAAGGCUACAGCUAUUGGCCAGCGAAAUUGAUAUCAAUUGGUCGGAAAAAUGUCAAAGCCAUCUUCUUUCAUGAUGCGGAAUUCGUUGAAAUUCCCCGAACCAAUUGCCUCAUCUAUUCGAAAAGCGAAACAAAGCCAUCAAAGUCAUUUAAAUUAAUGCCGAACCCAACGGAUAUGCUGGAGGUGUUGAAAGAGGUGAAUUUAUAUGAACAGAACAUCAAAGCGAAAUUUGGCCAUUUUGAAAGCAAAUUGGAAUGCGUUCGAUUCGAUCGGCUUGAUGUGCACAUGCGAGCAAUGUUUCCGGAAUAUACUGGCAGUCCACUGGAUGCCCAAAACUAUCUGAUUCCCGCUGACGAAACAAACAACACCGACGACAAGGAUGAAUUGCCGGAGAAUGACGAGGCGAGUUUUUCAACUAAACAAACUGAUAAAAUUCCAAAGAAAAGGCAACGAAUUUCCGUGGGUUUUGAUAACGGUCCAGAGCCAUCAGAUGGCGAAUCAAUCAUCCAACGAAAAAUCCGCCAAACCAGACGAGAUUGGGAGAAUAUUGAGAAUUUGACGAUGAAUUUGGAAAACACAAACAAAAAGCUGACCCUCGAAUUGAAGAAUAUGAAAAAAUCGCACACUGAUUGCCACAAGAUUAACACCGAACUGCUUGCUCAAUUGAAAGCUGUACAUAAUGAGCGUGACAGUGUGAAGAAUGAAAUGGACAAAGUGAUUGCGGAUCAUGGCAACGAGAUAGCGAAAUUGAAUGAAACAAGCAACCAAGCUGCUGCUGAGGCCAAGGUCAAAAUUGAACGAUUGAAACAAGAUAAAGAGGUGUUGCGCCAAGGGCUAGAUAACAGUUUUAGUAGGAUGUCGGACUUUCAAGCCAAAUUGAAAUCUGAUCACAAACGUGAUUUGGAGGAAAUACGUGAAGAGCACAAAAAACGAUUGCAAUUCGAAAAACGACGUUCCUCAGAUGCGAUUGAAGAACUGAAGGUGCAACACAACAAAAAAAUCAUCGAAAUACAGCAGAAAUUGAAGGAGCACGAUAAGAAAAUUACUGCAUUGGAAGUAGAGAAGAGCAAUGUCGAGACGGAGCUGAAGAAAAAAUGUGAACAUUUUGAUCAACUCAAAUCCAUAUUUAUGCGAGAAGAUUGAUCAAAUUGAUGGAACCGUUUCAGCCGGCAAAUUUCAGAUGUUUAUCACGAAGCCAAUACAAACUCCAGAAGCAUCGAUUUGAAGCAGCAUGGAUUUCCGGUGGAAAAGAGAAAGUGAAGCAAAUAAAAUUAAUUGAAAAUCGUAUCGGCCACACAAGCAGCAAACAUCAAUAGAGCCUUGCACAUAAACCAGCAGUUACUCAUCAAUACAUUGCACCAAUUCAUUUAUUUCCAUGUUUUCGGUUUACCAAUUUUUUAAAUCAAAUUCAGCUUUGACGCCUUUAAAAUAAAUGUUCUAUACAAGUAUUCCCACAUUUGACUUUGUUUUAAGACACUUUUAUUGCUAGAAGACGCG